GGGCGGGGUGAGGCCGACGUGUGGCCCCGGCUCCGGGCUCGGUUCCCCCUGGCCGCGGCUCGCCUGGGGCUGGCCGCGGUGCGGAGAGCGGGGAAAGCCACGGGCCCCUUCUCUGAGGCGCCCCCGGGGCUCCCUCGGCUCCCGUGCCGCCGUGACCCGCCCGGCGGAGGGGCGGCGGUGGGUCCCCAGCGCGCCGGUGCCCGUCUGCCCCCGCUGCCUCCGCCCGCGGGCCCCGUCGGGCUUUGCACGGCCAAAAGUUAAAAUGUGUGAUGAUGGUGUCCCAGAUUAUUGGCGUAUUGGGGAGAAAUGCCUUGCCCCUUGUCUUGAAAAUGGAAAACUUCAUGAAGGAACAAUAACUUCUCUUGAAAAGGACAAAAAUGGAAAAUUAUUUGCUGUUGUAUCAUUCUUGGAGUCUGAAGAAAGGAAAAUACUAGUAACAAAACUUUGUAAAGUAAAAGAUAGUAGAGGACCCUGGAAAAGCUUAAUAUUUGAUGAGGAUGAUCUGGAAAAGCCAUAUUUUCCUGAUCAAAAUCUUCCAUCUCCUGCAGUUGCUUUUAAAUUAUCUGACAAUGGCGAUUUUAUUCCAUAUACAAUUAACAGAUACCUGCGUGAUUAUCAAAGGGAAGGAGCCCAGUUUCUGUAUAAACACUAUGCUGAUAAAAGGGGGUGUAUUCUUGGAGAUGAUAUGGGCCUUGGAAAGACAAUACAGGUCAUUUCAUUUUUGGCUGCAGUGUUGCACAAAAAGGGAACGCGUGAGGAUAUUGAAAAUAAUAUGCCGGAAUUUUUACUAAGGACAAUGAAAAAGGGCUCAGAUUGUAACCCCAAGAAGACUUUCCUCAUAGUGGCCCCUCUUUCAGUGCUGUACAACUGGAAGGAUGAGUUAGACACAUGGGGAUACUUUAAGGUGGCUGUCUUACAUGGCAGUAAAAAAGACGAUGACAUGAGUCGCAUCAAGCAAGGGAAAUACGAAGUUGCUCUUACAACAUAUGAAAUACUUCGCCUGUAUUUGGAUGAAUUUAACAGUAUAGAGUGGUCUGCUGUGAUAGUGGAUGAAGCACACAGAAUCAAGAAUCCAAAGGCGCAAAUAACUCAAACCAUGAAGUCAUUAAAAUGCAGUGUUCGCAUAGGUCUUACUGGAACCAUUCUUCAAAACAAUAUGAAGGAACUUUGGUGUGUUAUGGACUGGGCUGUACCAGGACUUUUAGGUAGCAGAGAACAUUUCAAGAAGAAAUUCUCUGAUCCGGUGGAGCAUGGCCAGAGGCACACUGCAACUAAAAGGGAGCUAGCAACAGGUCGUAAGGCCAUGGUGAAGCUAGCAAGAAAAAUGUCUGGCUGGUUUCUGAGACGUACCAAAGCACUUAUCAGUGAUCAGUUGCCAAAAAAGGAAGACAGAAUGGUGUUUUGUUCCUUAACUGAAUUCCAGAAAGCAGUGUACCAGGCUGUGCUAGAGACAGAUGAUGUAACCUUGGUGUUAAGAGCAGGAGAGCCCUGUAGCUGCAACAGUGGCCGGAAAAGGAAGAACUGUUGUUACAAAGUAAAUGCACAUGGUGAAACAAUUAAGUCAUUGCACUUCAGUUACCUAAUGAUCCUACAGAAGGUUGCAAAUCAUGCUGCACUGCUGCAGACAGACAACACUAGCAAGCUGCAGGAAGCACAUAUCAAACGAGUUUGCAGCCAGGUGUUUUCCAGUUUUCCAGAUUUUGUGCAGUUAAGCAAAGAUGCAGCCUUUGAAACAAUUUCAGAUCCAAAAUACAGUGGAAAAAUGAAGGUCCUUCAACAGCUUUUAAAUCACUUCCGAAAAAAUAAGGAUAAAGUUCUUCUUUUCUCCUUUUCCACAAAGUUGCUGGAUGUGCUGGAACAGUACUGCAUGGCAUCUGGGCUAGAUUACCGAAGACUUGAUGGAAAUACAAAAUCAGAAGAUAGAAUCAGAAUUGUAAGAGAGUUCAACAGCAUUCAGGAAAUUAACAUAUGUCUUGUAUCUACAAUGGCUGGUGGAUUGGGUCUUAAUUUUGUUGGUGCCAAUGUUGUUAUACUGUUUGAUCCUACAUGGAAUCCAGCAAAUGAUCUUCAAGCGAUUGAUAGAGCUUAUAGAAUUGGCCAAUACAGAGCUGUUAAAGUGUUUAGAUUGAUAUCCUUGGGAACUGUGGAAGAGAUGAUGUACUUGCGACAAGUUUAUAAACAGCAACUUCACUGUGCAGUGAUUGGAACUGAAAAUGCCAGGCGAUAUUUUGAGGCAGUGCAAGGAUCAAAGGAACAUCAAGGAGAGCUUUUUGGGAUUCAUAACCUUUUCAAACUUAGGACUCAUGGGUCCUGUCUUACCAAAGACAUCUUGGAGAGGGAAGGGCAGGUAGAAGCAGGAGUCAUAACAGCAACUACAUGGCUGAAGGAAGAGAAUCGUUCAUGCAGCUCAGAAAAGUAUGAACAACCAGACUGUAAAGAAGAUGGAGAUCCCCAAAGCAUUCAGGCACAGUUAAAAAUAGAAGAGACGGAUUUUUGGGAUGACUUCAGUGAUGAUGAUAUUCUGGAGAGUUCUGUAAAAAAAUGUGACAGAAGGAAGCCAAGCAAUGGAAAUAAUUUCAUGGUAACAAAAGGACAGCUUUCGUUAAUGCAGUGCGGAUUCUCUAAGUUGUUGCAGAGAGAAAUUGAAACUACCAAAGAAGGGGAUGAUAAUUAUAAUUCUCAUAAUUCAAGUUCUGAUGAUCACACUGUAAGAAAAAUUGUAAAUAGCAAGCAUGAUGAUUUUCAGAAAUGUCAAACCAUUGUGCCUGUUUUGGAGCAUGGGAAAGCUGUUCUGUCAUCAAAUGGAACUGAUAAACAAGAUAUGCAUAGUACAGACUGGCUUGGAUUAUCAGGCUCUGAGGAGGAAGGGGACAGAAAAAAUGAGGAUCAAGGCAUUUCAAAGCAACGUGAUAUAGUCAUGGAAACUGAAAGUAGUUCUGAAGAGGAUGAUGAUGUCAUCUUUCCGACCCAAGUUCAAGUAUGCCAGCAACCAGUGCUUACUAAAGAAGUUGAAAUACACAGGUCAACAUCUGAAAAUUGUGAAGAGUUAGCAAAAGAAAAAGCUGGAUUUGUAUUUAAGGGAAACAGUAGACAAUUUGGAUUCCCCAGUACUGAGUCAAAUUUCAGCAAUGCCAUGUCUUUUGAAGACAUCAAGAAUGACACAGAGUUGAAAGGAGCAAGCGACAUAAGUGAUGAGUCUGAUGAUAUUGAACUUUCCCAUAAUUCUGAAUCAAGGAACCUAGGAACUUUGAACUUUCCAAAGUGGAAGGAGGGAUGUGCCCUUAACAAUGAACUAGAUAAUGUCUCCAAGUCUCUGCUACAAGCAAAGAAGCCCAAUAGAAAAGGAAAGGAAGGUGGUUCUCAGAAUAUAGAUGAAUUCUCAUCCUCUGAAGAUAACUUUCCAGUUGAGAAAAUUUAUGGCAGAAAGCAAAGUUGUAAGUGUAAACAACGGAGAGGCAGAGUUCAGUUUGGGUCUAAAAUGCUGUGUCCUAUUCAAGAUACCUCCGUUGCACAAAUGAAGCCUAGCAAUUAUGCUAUGCAUAGAACUUGUGCAAGUAAAACUGUAUUUGAGCAUCAAGAGCAAAAAAUGGAAUCAAUGGACAAAUAUUUAGAUGGUGUUCAAGAAGUGGCAUAUAUUCAUUCAAAUCAGAAUGUGGUUGGACCCAGCAAGGCUGAAAAUCACUUGAGCCGGUGGGCAGUGCGAGAUGUAUUUGAGUUGAAGCAGUUUUCCCAGCUCCCUGCUAAUGUAGCUGUCUGUAGUGCCAAGGUUGCUGAGCUUGAGGUUACUUACCAAGGGGGUGAGAACACAUGUGAGAUCCUAAAGCUUGAGAACAUUGUGAACAGCCCAUGGAAAUAAAGGAAAUGGACCACGGAUCAAAUAGAAAAACAUUGGGAAGAAACAGUGUAGAUCUGAAACCAAAUUUUGAACAGCAGAUGGCAAG